AUGCUGAGGGGAAACCAGAGCCACAUUACUGAAUUCCUCCUUCUGGGACUGACACGUGACCCCAAACAGUGGGUAUGGCUUUUUGCCAGCUUCCUUGCCAUGUACCUGGUCAAUGUAGUUGGCAACUCAGUCAUCAUUGCAGCUAUCCGGGGAGAUGCCCACCUGCAUACCCCCAUGUACUUCUUCCUUUCUAAUCUGUCCCUGGUAGACAUCUGCUUUACCACUGUCAUUGUGCCACAGAUGUUACUGAACUUGCUGACACAGAAAAAGACAAUCCUCUUUGCCCAGUGUCUCACUCAAAUGUACUUCUUUGUAGCCUUUGGUAUCACAGACAGUUUCCUCCUGGCUGCCAUGGCUGUUGACCGCUAUGUUGCCAUCUGCAACCCACUGCAUUACACCACAACCAUGAGCCCCAGGCGCUGUCACCUGCUUGUGAUAGCAUCCUGGGUGGUGUCCCAUCUCCACUCACUCACCCACACAGUUCUCAUGGGCCACCUCUCCUUCUGUGGGCUUAAUAUCAUUCACCACUUCUUUUGUGAUGUCCAGCCACUACUGACACUGUCCUGCUCUGAUACAUCUAUCAAUGAGCUUUUGGCCUUCACAGAGGGCUCUUUUGUGAUCAUGAGCCCUUUUAUCUUUAUUAUUGUCUCUUAUGUCUAUAUCGCUCAUACUGUUCUGAAGGUCCCUUCAGGGAGAGGCAGACACAAGGUCUUCUCUACCUGUGGGUCCCACCUCACGGUUGUGGCACUCUUCUAUGGAACCAUAAUAUCUGUGUACAUUCGCCCCUCAUCUACCUACUCAGUGACAAAGGACCGAGUGGUCACCAUUAUCUACACAGUAGUUACCCCCAUGCUGAACCCUUUCAUCUAUAGCCUUAGGAACAGGGACAUGAAACAGGCCUUGAAAAAGCUGGUUAGAAGAACAGAGUAG